UCUCGCAGGUGAUAAAUUUUUUUUAAUUAAUUUCUAUACUUAGUUGCCAAGUCAGCGGAGCCGUAUUUAUUUCUGCGCUUCUGGCUUUCAUACAUACAUAUUUCACAAAUUACUUUAUUGUUGAUGGAUGGUGCACAUCUCUUGCAUAAAUUAUUAGGUAUUUUGUAAAUUAUAAAAAAGAUAAACGGGUAUCCAGUUCACAGAGUUAUUGAACCCGACACAUUUCUUUUCUUAUGACUAUAUUUUAAUAUUUAGAUGAAUAACAGUUUCUAUACCAUUUGACCAUAUAAUUUAUGCGAUUUCUAAAAUUUGGUGCUAUUAAAAUCUGUAUGUUGACAUGAUACAAUAAAAAUGAUAUUUGAAUUUUUUAAAAAAUUAUUCUGGAAAGCAGAUGAAAGAUCCAGAAAAAGAAAACAUUGUGAAUGGCAUGACAAAGAAAAUGAUACAUUAUCUAAAAAGUCGUGUCAAAAUGUACAAAGUGAUAAACUGUCAGAAAAUGGUAAAUUCAUAAAUACAGCAGUUGAUAAAGUUAAUAUGCAAUCCAAUUUCAAUGAUUACUCAUCUAUUAAUUCAAAGAAUUAUGAAAAUAAUAACGAUAAAAAAUCUGAGUUAAUUAUAAAACAUGAUCAAUGGUCAUCUUUAUUGACUAAUAGAAAUAAUAAUAUAAGUAAAGAUGAUUCCUUGAAUAAACAUUUUCAAUCAUCUUAUAAUCUCACUUUAUAUAAAGCUUGUCACUUGAUAGAUCGUCAAAAGUACAGUCGUAUGCUCUUAAAUUUUGUAAAUCCUGAUGUAGAAAAUUUGCAUCAAAAUUAUACAUACAAUAAUAAUUUAAAGAGCAUAGACAAAUUUAAAGAAGGUACUAAAUAUGUAUUUUUUAAUAAUAGUUUUGAGCAUAUACUUAAUCUAAGGAAGGAAUCAAAAAACAAUUCUAUAUAUCUAUGUAACCAAGAUUCUCCUGAAACUGAGCAAAUAAGUUCUACAAAUACAAAUGACAGAUAUCAAUACAAUCAUAAAUUAGGUGUACACUCUUCGGCAGAUUCAAGUAUUUAUAUCAGAUCAGAAAAUAUUUCAACAACCAAUACAUUAAAAGAACAUUUUGCAACAAAAGAAGUUAUAAAACAAAAUUUUAUUACACAAUUGAAUGAAAAGUACAAUAAUAGCUUAGAACAACGUAGUAAAGAAGCAGAAGAAAUAAAGAAAAUGACACAUAUUUUGGCAAAGCACAAUCGUCUAACUAGAGAAGCAACUUUGCAAGACCAUCUUAAUCGCUCGAUGCGAUUAUGUGAAGUUAUUUUUGAUGAAGCAGAUUCAUUGGAGGUUGAGUUGCCGCAACUGGAUUCAAGUAUGAUAAGCAAAAUUGAAUCAGCGCUUUCAUCUGGUCCAGGGAAUGAAGUACUUGUUCAAGAAUUUGGAUUAAGGAUCACAAGAAAAGAUAUUCAUACACUAGCGGGUUUAAAUUGGUUGAAUGAUGAAGUUAUUAAUUUUUACAUGAAUCUUUUGAUAAAAAGAGGUAAUUGUGGAAAUUAUCCCACUGUAUAUGCUAUGAAUACCUUUUUUUAUCCAAAGCUUCUAUCUAGUGGACAUAUUGCUUUAAAACGGUGGACUAGAAAAAUAGAUAUUUUUUCAAAAGAUUUAAUCAUAGUUCCUAUUCAUCUUGGAAUUCAUUGGUGUAUGUCCAUAAUAGAUUUCAGAAAUAAAACAGUACAAUAUUAUGAUAGUAUGGGUUCUCCAAAUGAUAAAUGUCUACGAGUUUUAAAACAGUAUUUACAAGAUGAAAGUAUUGAUAAGAAGAAAAAAUCAUUUGAAUUUCUAGGAUGGAACUUUGAGUGUAUUAAAGAUAUACCAAAACAGAUGAAUGGCAGUGAUUGUGGAGUUUUUUCUUGUAUGUUUGCUGAAUAUGUAAGCGCAAAUAAAAAACUUGAUUUUACUCAAGAAGAUAUGCCAUAUUUUAGAAAAAAAAUGAUAUAUGAAAUAUUGACAGUACAGCUGUUAUAAAUUAUUAUGAAAGUCAAUAAAUAUAAAUAUAAGUAUAAUUUGGUGAUCUAAGUAAUAUUUUAUGUAACUGAAAUACCUUAAUUUCAUGAACAAAUUCUUGUUUGCCUAGGUAGACAAUAUUUCUUAAAAAAUAAGUACGAUCAGUUGAGUUUCGUAAAAUCCAAUUUCUUAAUUUAAAAAAAAAACAAAUUUUAUUUUUUUCUCUCAUAUAAAAAGCUUGCUUCACUUAAAAAGUAUAGAAAAUUAGUUUUGUAGUUUGUGCUAUAGAACAUUUUAUAUUUAUGGCCAUUUUAAAAUAAUUUUUUAAGAAUAUGACUUGUAUUUUAACCUUA